GAAGUGAGAAAAAAAAUUGUUUCGCUUGACUUUCUACAGACAUUUGCGAAAUUGAGAAGCGGAGAAUCAAAACUGAUUUUAUCUCAUUGUGAGUUUGAUGUUGAAGUUUAAUCAGUGUUCUUCAUCAGAUAUUCCCUGUGCUCUUUGUUGACUGGAAACUCGAAGGAUUUUACUUCCCUCACAACAGGAACAGGUCUUGCCUAUCAGCCGAGUCGAGCAACAAUUUUGUUACUGUCUUUUCCUGAACUUAAAGUUUUCUCACUUCACCUCGUUUCUCAAAAGACAUUGCUCUCUGUUCCAUGGUAGCUUCAUUGAAGUAUUAAAGCUACUCGCAGGACUCUGUGGCAAAGGUUUUUAAAAUUCCUUUAGAGGUCUGAUCAUGACAUCCUAUCAGCUUUACAGGAACACAACUUUAGGCAGCACCCUACAGGAAAGUCUUGAUGAGCUUAUCCAGUAUGGACAAAUCACCCCACAGCUUGCGAUAAAGGUCCUUCUCCAGUUUGACAAAGUCAUCAAUAACGCUCUGGCAAAUCGGGUGAAAUCAAGGCUUACUUUCAAAGCUGGCAAAUUAAACACCUACAGAUUCUGUGAUAAUGUUUGGACGUUCAUGCUGAACGAUGUUGAAUUUAGGGAGGUCCAGGAAGUCGCACGAGUAGAUAGGGUAAAAAUUGUUGCCUGUGAUGGUAAAAGU